CAGGAGAUGCACCCCAUCAUGCAGCCGGGGCGCUGCCUGCCCCUGCUGGCCGGACGCUUUAUGGCUACCAUAUUCUAUGAGCCCUCGUCGCACAUAUCGUCAUUGUUCCAGACUGCCAUGCUGCGCCUGGGCAGCCAGGUGUUUGCUGCGAGUAGCAAAAUGUCAUUGGUUUCCAAAGGCUAAACCCUCAAGUACACUGUGUACACCUUUGCUUUGUACGCCAAUAUCAUUUUUCUGUGCCACCUGCAGCCUGGCUCCGUUGUGGGCACUUCAUGCAUGUACAGUGUGCCCGUCAUCAACACUGGUGACGGGAUUGGUGAGCACCUGUUGCAGGCCAUGCUCAAUGGCUUUACAAUCCGCGAGGUGAUGGGCACAGUUAGCAGUCUGACCAUUACCCUGGCCAGUGACCUGCGCAACGGC